GCAUUAGACGGUCCCGCUGAGAUCUCGAAGGAGCCAGAAGUGCAGCAAGAGGCAGCGGCAGCUUCUGUUGCAGAGGUCCCAAAAGACCCAGAAGUGCCUCAGGAGGCAGAGGAGGCAGCUGCAGAACCCCCUUCGCCUGCGAAUGCUCCGGCAGCAGAGGCAGCAGCAGCUUGUGUUGCAGAGGUCCCAAAAGACCCCGAAGUGCCUCAGGAGGCGGAAGAGGCAGCUGCAGAACUCCCUUCGCCCGCGAAUGCUCUUGCAGCAGAG